AUGUUCACAAAAGGACUGGAAGACAAAGAGCGAUUCGGCCGAUCAUCGCUAGUUGAUCACGAAAUUUUGAUGAAAGCAGAUGAAAGAUAUCGUUGUCAACUUCUGAGAGAGAUUGCCAAGAAGUCGGCGGCUUCUGUUCCGGCGAUGCAUCCGGUUCUACAAGCGCAGCGAAAUAGGGAUAAAUAUCACUUGAACGAUCUACCAGUAGAGUCCCAAGAUCAGCAAAGUAGCGCAACGCCGCAGGUGCUUGGCUUGCGUCAAGCUACCAUUCAGUCAUACCUAGCGCAAGCUCGAGCAGCGCAGCGCACGCUUUUGGAGAAGCGCCAAGCCCUUUUAGACGUGGACAAAGAUCUAGCCGCCAAAGGCGAAGACAGCGACGCCUAA